AUGGGAGACCUACCACCAGAGCAGCCCCAGCUGCCCAACCGAGUCCGAAAGCCGCGCCAGUCGCCCAACCGAGCCAGAAAGCAGCGCCAGCAGGCAGGUACGAACAAGAGGUAUUGCGAGUACUGCGAGGAGGACAUAACCGAGUACAGCUGGCUCAGGCACACACAACGAAACAGGCACAUAAACAAUAAGGAGCAAAAGGAACAAAAGGAACAAGAAGCGAAGCCACUAGACAAGGAGGAGAUGCUGCGUGAGUUCCUCGCUAUCUCAGACCAGGGACUGUCGCCGCUGUCGCCGCUGUCUUCGGCUUUCCGUGUGGAGAUCGCGCGCGCAGGUGGCACAGCCAACAUGAGCAAGCCUAGGGAGUCGGAUGACAUGGGCCUAAAGGCCCCAUUCUUUGUGUCUUCGGGACAGUGCUGGGAAAAGAAGCCGCUGUCGACAGAUGAGUUCCUGGAUGACCUUUUGGAUGGUUUCAGCAAGCAGAAGACCCAAAUCUAUAAGCGCGGGAUUGGCCACUUCCCAUGCGAAAGCGCGCCCAUUACCCAAGUGUUGAAGCAACUUUGGUUCCCCGACCCGGAAAGCACGUUUUAUGCAGUGAACAUGGAGGCGAAGUCGGCAGUGAUGCGCAUUCCUGAGUGCUUAUAUGGAAUAUACAACCUGGACCCUGAAGAUGUAACGACCACCACGAACAUCACCCCACAAUUCUCCUUUGUGGACAUACACGUCGACCACGGGAGACACGGGCUGACGGCGCUUUCCGAAGACUGUGUCAAGCUAUGGGCGCUAUAUCCCCUAUCGGACCACAACAAGGCCGAGCUGUCCGAGGUAUAUGACAAGAACUCCUUGUUUAUUGCGCUGCAAGGACGGCUAGAAAAAGGAGAAUUCUGUAUCCAGACGGCGGCAGAAGCACUCUACCUCCCACCCGGGUACAUCCACGCAACCGUAACGCUGAGAGGCGGGCUCACCCCGGGUAUACAGUUCACAACACCCCACUGCAUCGCACCGUCAGAAACGAUGUUCAUCCUUGACAACGAGAAGAGAGAGAUGACAAAGGAGCAUUGCAUGCCGCUACUGGAGAGCAUCCUCCUCGGCCUACGUUCCCGCGAGGCAAAGUAUGUGAAGGAGGCUGAAGCGGCGCUCUGCCGGUGCUAUAUGAUAUGUGCAAAGUGGAAAACAAAGGUACUGGGAGAGGUCACAAAACAGGCUGGGAAGCUGUGCCCAAAAUGCAACAGGUCGUGGAAAAGCCACGACUAA